CCUCAACACACCAGACCUUUUAGCCUUGUCUGCAACUCCUGGAGACUGUGAACUUACAGCUGCUGCAUUUCAACAUCUCAACAACAGACAUCGAGGAUGGGGAUGGAUUCGUUUGUGUGCAAGACCCUGAUGACUUUAACCAUCAUCUGCAUCACUCUGCAACAUGGUUGUGGACACCCCUUAUCAGAGCGGGCAGAGCUGCCAGCUCAGGCUCCACAUUCACAGCAUGUCAGGACCAAACGCUGCUCCUGUAACAGCUGGGAUGAUAAAGAAUGCAUCUACUUCUGCCACCUGGAUAUUAUCUGGGUCAACACGCCAAGUAAACUGCUUCCCUAUGGAUUGGGAAGUCCCCCGUCUCGCCGCCGCCGUUCAACUGACCGUUGCAAGUGCAGCAACUCCUCGGAUAACACUUGCACCAGUUUCUGUCAUAACAGCUCUCAGAACCCAAGCACUGAUGUUUUGGGGUCCUCAGUAAAAUCUGGAAACAGCAACACACUACUGCAAUCCUUCAGAUCUGUGGUCAAGUCCAACAUGGCCAUCGCAAAAGUAGUGUCAUCAAACAAGAGCAUAGCUUUACUCAAAAUGCUCAAGUGUAGAACGAAGAGAUAGAAGACUGAAAGGAAAACCAGAAGGGGUUUCAUUGUCGUGGAUUCAAAAUCAUGGACAGGGGACUCCUCCAGCGGCCUUCAGUGCCUGGCACCAGGGUUCUACAACAUUUCAAGACUCUUACCUGAAGGCACAGGGAAGCACGUGGAUCAAGCCUCUGAUCAACAAACUCGUGCGAUCAUCAAGAUAGAAAUCAAGUCUUAUGAAAGGAACAAUGCUGGGUGGAGACGUUAAGAGUCAUUUCUUGAACUCUGCUUGAACCUUUCCGAACGUCAUAACGAUCUAUAUGCAAAGGAAGGAUCUAUCGAAACCAAUGACAUGGGAACUGACUUUGGGACAAUUGAGCAACCACAUCAAGAAAAGUCUUCGAUGACCAAAUGCUCACCAGUUGUUUGGUUACUGUGGACAAAGCUCUGGGUUGACUCAUCUAUUAGGAUACUUUUAGAUCCAUAACUUAUCUGCACUGAGGAUGAUAGGAUCAUUACAUAUUCCAGAGCUGUAUAAACUCUACUUACUUUUUCUAUGUUUACUCAAAUGUCUUUGGAACUAUUUAUUUGCUCUUUAUUUGCUGACCUUUGGUUUGGUUUAACAUUCCUCUGUAUCAGAGCAGAAAACUGCUGUUUAUGGCAAAUUAGCCAACAGCUUUUUAAUUAUGAAGCUUACUUGAAGAUGUCAUCUUGCCGACACACACUGCUACGGUGAACUGAAGGCCACAACUUUGGGAUUUACUUAACAAACAAUCAGCUUUAUACUUGGUCUAGAAGGGCAAUUGUGUUGGUGUAUUUGUUUACUGCAUAGCUCCUCUUUAAUAUUUGAUUGAAGUUAAGAGUUUCACUGAUGUGCUGCCUGUAAAAAAAUGCAACAACAGUUUUUCUCCCUCUGACAAAUUCACAUUUACCUUCUCUGCAUUAGUUCUGCAUCCAUUGACUUCAGAGAUCAGGAAGUGAUACACAUGGACAGUGUAACUCAUGUGACUCAAAUACUCAUCUUCAGUGCCGUGCAUGAUGGAUACUUCACAAGCUUACUGUUUACUGUUGAACGAUUUUAUUUAUUUAUUCUCUAACUUAUUCCAACAUGUAUUUAUAUUUUUGUGAA